AUGCUGAAGACCAUCAGGGUGCUUGAGGCUGCAGGAGAGCUGCCCCUGGCCACCAUGGAGCUGGGCGGUGUCCUCGCGGCCUGGGCCCCCUUCCCUCCCGCUGUGCUCUGGACAGCCCAGAUGCUCCUGGUGGCCAGUUCUGAGACGCUUCAGUGUGAAGGACCCAUCAGCACCCGGGACAGCAGCUGCCACGCCGGUGACGACUGGGAGGAGCCAAGGGACAAGGACUUCCACGUCAAGAGCUACACUUUCAGCAAACCCUUCCAUCUGAUCGUGUCCUACGACUGGCUGAUCCUCCAAGGUCCCGCCCUGCCGGUGUUUGAAGGGGACCCACUGGUUCUGCGCUGCCAGGCCUGGCAGGACUGGCCACUGACCCAGGUCACCUUCUACCGAGACGGCUCGGCUCUGGGUCCCCCUGGGCCUCACCGGGACCUCUCCAUGGGUGCAGCGCGAGAGGCAGACAGCGGGCAGUACCACUGCAGCGCCGUCUUCAGGAGCCCAGGUCCCGGGAGCCCAGAGACGGCGCCUCCCGUGGCCAUCACAGUCCGAGAACUCUUUCCGGCCCCAGUGCUCAGAGCCACCCCCUCAGCCGAGGCCCAGGAGGGGGACACGGUGAUGCUGAGCUGCCAGACGAAGCUGCCCCUGCAGAGGUCAACCGUCCUCCUCCUCUUCUCCUUCCACAAGGACGGCCAGACCGUGCGUGGCUGGGACCUGUCCCCAGAGCUGCAGAUCCCCGCGGCCUCUGAGGCCCAUGCUGGGUCCUACUGGUGUGAAGCCACCACGGAGGACAACCACGUCUGGAAAGAGAGCCUCAGGCUGGAGGUCAGGGUGCGGGGUCCCCCCAGCCCUGCUACGCCCCUCGCCCUGAGCCCAGCUCCUCGAGAAUCUGCUGCUCCAGGAAAAACGGCUACAGACCCCCCGGGGCCUCAGCCUGCACCACCCCCGUCGUCCUCUGAGGCCCCAGACCACUCCUGUCCACUGCAGGGGCCGGACCCCCACCUGCACCACAAGACAGACCUUCUUCUCAAACAAAUGCAGGACGUGAGAGCUCUGCUUGGGCACCUGGUGGUGCAGCUGAGGGACUUGUCUGGCCGCCUGAAGUUCGAGACCACGAAGGGGUCUGCCAAAUACGAGUGAACAGUUUGCCUGCGGCAUUGUCCCCCGCCCCCCAAAUCCAGCUCUUUCUAUCUCCCCUUCUGCCCUGUACAUACACACAAGGAGUUCUGCAGGUUGCCCCGUGUCUUGUUAGAGUAGCGGAGACAGGUGAGUCCAAAUAAAUUUGGACCGAGUGACGGCUGGAGCUGAGCUGUGCUUGUGUACUCUCUCCUGAUGUGACAGCGUACCCUGCGCUCUUUCGA